AUGACAACAUCCCGCGUUUUCUUGCUUUUGGCCUUGGCCGUUGUUGCCUCGGCAAUCCACAGAAUUCCUUUGGAAAAAAGAUCCUACACCCGCGAGCAAUACAAGUUUGGUCCGAUUCAGGAGCACUUGAAGACAAAGUACAUUCAAGGAUAUAAGCCAAACAAUGACGCUUUCGAGGAGGGACUUUCCGACUACUCGAACUCGCAAUAUUUCGGACCAAUCACUAUUGGAACCCCACCACAGAACUUCCAAGUUCUUUUCGAUACCGGUUCGUCCAACCUUUGGGUGCCAUGCUCAACCUGCCCAUUCGGAGAUAUCGCCUGCAGAAUGCACAACAGAUUUGACUGCAAGAAGUCGAAGACCUGCACACCAACUGGCGUCAAAUUCGAGAUCCAAUACGGAACCGGAUCGAUGAAGGGAACCAAAUUUGCAUAUAAAAUAUUAUUAUAUUUCGGACAUGACACCACUUUCUGCACUGACCGCAACCAAGGAUUGGCGUGCGCUACCUCGGAACCAGGAAUCACCUUCAUUGCCGCCAAAUUCGACGGUAUCCUCGGAAUGGCCUGGGACUCGAUUUCAGUUAACGGCAUUAGCCAGCCGAUCGACCAAAUCUUCCAGAACAAGGCUAUCUGCAAAAACGAGCUCUUCGCUUUCUGGCUUAGCCGUGACGUCAAUGAUGUCACCAACGGAGGAGAAAUCACUCUUUGCGACACUGACCCGAAUCACUAUGAAGGACAAAUCGCCUGGGAGCCACUUGUCGCCACUGACUACUGGAGAAUCUCGUUGGCAUCAGUGAAAGUUGGAACUGAAUUGAUGACCUCUGGACCAACCGAUGCUAUUGUUGACACCGGUACUUCCCUCCUCACUGGACCAUCUGACAUCAUCAAGAAGAUCCAACACAAGAUUGGAGGCAUCCCAAUCCUUAACGGAGAAUACGAAAUUAUCUGCAGUCGCAUUCCGAAGCUCCCCAACAUCACCUUCUCUCUUGGAGGACAAGACUUUGUUCUCCAGGGUAAGGACUACGUCCUCCAGCUUCCAAGCUCGAACGGAAAAACCACGUGCAUCUCUGGAUUCAUGGGAAUGGACAUUCCGCCACCAAAUGGACCACUCUGGAUUCUCGGUGACGUCUUCAUCGGCCGCUUCUACUCGGUCUUCGAUCACGCCAACAAGCGAGUCGGUUUCGCCAACGCCAAGUCGAAGUAA